AUGAAGCUCUUUACUAUAGCCACUGCCUUUACUGGCCUAAUGGAAUUUGCUAUUGCUUCGCCUGCGAUUGCCUUGUCCAGUGCCGUUGUUAUCACCAUUGUUGAGGAGGCAACCAGCAUGCACUCCACUGGACACAACAAUGCAAAGCCUACUAUUCACCCUUCUAUCACUGAAACCUCGACCGACACACACGUAGCCAUGGCAAAGAAAAACACUCUCGCAUUCGAUGAUGGGGAAAAGAAGAGAUACGAGUGCUCGAAUGAUCGCACUGGUGUUUUGGUCUGCCGUUAUGGGUUCUGCUCCACUGAUCAUUAUUGCAAGAAGGGUACGCGGUGCAGCGAUAGGUGUGCUUGCUGCCUUGGAGUUCGUGAAUUGGCCAUGGAGGAUGAGGAAUUUGGAGAUGCUUAUGCUUAG